AUGGCACAGAGAUUUUUUGCAAACAGAGGUUUCAAUCAUUUCAGUCUCUCACUUUUUACUUCAAACAAGUUAAAUGUUCGAAAAAUUAGUACAGAUUCGACAGAACAGAUUUCAAAAUUGGAAUCUGGAAUCAAAUAUUGUAAUGAUCUUGUAAGAAAGCAUGAUCCGGAAAAUUAUCUAUGUUCAAUGCUUUAUCCAAAACCACUUCGAAAAGUUCAUUUAGCAAUACGCGCCUUUAAUCUUGAAUUGGUGUUGAUUCGUGAAUCCGUAAGCAACCCUCACAUCGGUAAAAUUCGAAUGCAAUUCUGGAGGGAAACCAUUGACAACGGCAAGCCACCUCACCAACCGGUUGCUCAAGUUUUAGCCAAUGCAACGGAGAUAUGUAAAUUAUCUCCAUUUUUUUUCAAGAGAAUUAUUGAUGAAAGGGAUGCUAAUUUGAAUGAUCCGCCAUAUUUUACCACCAAAGAUUUAGAGUCGUAUGGUGAAAAUACCGCAUCGUGCCUUUUGUAUUUACACCUUGAAUCAUUGGGCGUGAAGGAUGUACACGCGGAUCAUGCUGCAAGUCAUAUUGGAAAGGCCAUCGGAAUUGUGACCAUUCUAAGAGCAUUUCCUUAUCUUGUUAGUAAAAAAAGAUUACUGAUACCUGCUGAAAUAGUUGCGAAGUAUAACCUUUCUCAAGAAGAGAUCUUACGAUCCGGUCCUGUUAAAGGCCUCAACGAUGCAAUAUUUGAAAUAGCUACUCUGGCAAAUGAUCAUUUAAUAACUGCUAGAUCAUUUCUCAAAGAUGUCCCUGACGAAGCUAUACCAGCUUUGUUAUCAGCGGUCCCGUGUGAUGCUUACUUGAAGAGAUUAGAGAACUGUGAUUUUAACGUAUUUGAACCGAAA